CAGUGCGGGGGGUGGGGGGCAUCCACAGCUGUCCCCUGCCCCCCAGACAGCUGGACACGGGAGCCUGGCGGGGAUAUCUGGUGUGAUCCUCAUUGGCCUGGGCGCCUAUGUCAAGUUCAGAGGCGCUGUCCUCACAAGGGUCCUCGGGCUGUCCUCUGCAUACCUGCUUCAUGUUGGCUACCUGUGUCUGGUGAUGGGCUGCAUCACGGUGCUGCUUGUCUUUGCUAGGUGGUAUGGAGCAACCAAAGAAAGCAGAGGCACUCUCUUGUUUUGCUUCUUGUGCAUGGUUGUCAUUCUCAUCAUGGAAAUCACAGUCGCCACAGUGGUUCUUGCCUUCCUCCCAAUUGUUGAAGAAAUGGCCCUGGAGCACAACUUCGUGACCCUGAGGAGGAAUUAUAGCGGUUACAACGCGCCAGAUGACUAUUCCACGGAAUGGAACUUGGUCAUGGAGAAUCUGAAGUGUUGUGGCGUGAAGAACUACACAGAUUUUUCUGGUUCCUCCUUUGAAAUGAUGACCGGCCACACCUACCCAAGGAGCUGCUGUAAAUCUUUCAGGACCGUGGCCUGCGACGGGCACAACGUAUCCAUAGGUGUCAUCCACCAGGAGGGCUGUUUUCCCAAGCUCCUGAAAAUAACCAGGACGCAGAGCUUCAACCUGAUCGGGGGCACACUGGGGGCAGCAGUGAUGCAGCUGCCAGGAAUUCUUGCCACCUUGUUGCUGUUUGUCAAGUUGGGCUGACAGAUUUGAGGAAGAGGGGACAACUGGGCCCACCUGGCUGCUGGAGAUGUGGUCUCAUUUUUAUU